AGAGUGCUGAUGUCCAAGAGAAUGACUGUGAUACAUGGAAAAUGUUUUACCAAAAUUAAUUGAAAAAUUCAAUCCAAAAGAUAUUUUUAACGCUGAUGAGACAGGUUUAUUUUUUAAAUGUUUACCAAACAAAACGUUAACUUUUAAAAAUGAAAAAUGUUUUGGAGGUAAGCAUAGUAAAGAACGAGUUACUUUGAUGGUGUGUUCUAAUAUGACUGGAACUGAAAAACAAAAACUUCUAAUUAUUGGAAAAAGCAAAAAUCCAAGGUGUUUCAAAGGCAUAAAAUCACUUGAAACAAAUUACGAUUUUGAUUAAAAAACGUGGAUGACAUCAUUA